AUGGCAUUACUAUCAGAUGUUUGGCUAUUAAGUCCCAACCGAAGUUUAGCUAAGCAACUUGCUGAUGAAGGCUAUGACGUCUGGCUGGGUAAUUAUCGUGGUACAACGCAUGGACGUGAUCAUGUUACAUUGUCACCAAAUGACAAAAAAUUUUGGAACUUUAGUAUUUAUGAAACUGGAUACUAUGACGUUCCAUCAACAAUUGAUUAUGUUUUGAAUGCAACAAAUCAAAGUUCUUUGAUAUUUAUUGGAUAUUCAUUGGGAACGACAUCACUAUUCGUUGCAUUAUCAGAAAGACCAGAGUAUAACUCAAAGGUUCAAUUGAUGAUUGGCUUUGGUGCAAUUGCUGGAUUUUUAAAUAAAAAUUAUAUGGACCUGACAAUGUAUAAUUUUAUAGAAUCAAAGUUUAUUGAUCCUACUGGAACUCUUGAAAUAUUACCUCAAAAAUCAAUUUAUAAUAUAAUAUUCGAAGAAAUAUGUGUUAACUUGAAUAUUGUUGAUUAUUGUUCAAUUCCAGUUGAUAUUAUUUGCGGUAAAAAUGAUGAACAAUUUGAUACUAAGAUAUAUGCCAAUCUUUUGAAUUAUUUUCCUGGUGGAACAUCUGGAAAAGUUUUCCUGCACUGGGCUCAAUCUGCAAUAACUCGAAAAUUCCAACAAUUUGAUUAUCAAAAUGAACAAAAAAAUAUUGAACAUUAUGGUACAUCAAAACCUCCAGAAAAUCAUUUGGAAAAUAUCAAAUCACCAAUGAUAAUUUUUUAUUGUCUAAAAAAUGAUCCACUGUCUUCUUUUGAAGAUGUCACUGAAAUAGCUAAAAGAAUUUCGAGUAAAGUUAUUGUUGAACAAGUAUCUGACCCAAAUUUCAGUCAUCUUAAUUUUGUAACUGCAAAAAAUGUGAAAGAAAUAUUCAACGACAGAGUGAUCGAGUAUCUUAAUCAAUUUAUAAAAGGAGAAAUUAUUUUUUGA